CGUCACCACAUCAUUUUGUAAUGAUGAUUAGUGGUGUUCGGAGAGAAGAGUGAAAAGGUCUUAAAACAAAAAGCGAACACAAACAAAAUCUAAAUAAUAAUACUUUGAUACACACGUUAAUCCAUGUGUCAGGGUAAUAAAUUUAUCAGGAGCAUAAUUGGAAUUAUAGGCAUAAUUACUAUAUUUUCACAUAUUAUUUCAGCUACUUUAUGGAUUACUUAUUUACUGGGAUGGCGUAUCAAUCGUAAAUUGAAAUAUAGAACUAAAAAUCAAAAUUUAAAUAAUAAUCAUAAUAAUAAUCGUCCCACUGAAAGACGACGAGAAGUGCAAGUAAAUGAAAAUGGAGUAAAUGUCAGACAACCGAAUAGAGAUAUUAUAUCUCAACAGAAGUUAGUAUGGCCCGUCUGUUCAUUGAGAAUGUCAACACAACUGAUUAUAUUUUCAAUGGAAAUCGCCUACAUUUUAGGUUGUUGUACAGAUUUGAUGAGAUUAAUUUAUCUUUCGAUAACUGGUGAUGAUUUACGCUUAUUGUUCAGUGAAUGGUCCUGUAGAAUACAAAUAUUUCUUUCAUUUACAACUUGUGAUCUAUCUGGAUGGCAUUUUGUCUUUCUAUGCAUUGAACGUUGUUAUAUAACACUAUUUCCUAGAAAAUAUUACAGUAUGAGCCAUUCAUCGUUUGGACCAGCUUUAUCGAUGAUUGUAUUUGCUUAUACAAUUAGUGUUGCUACAAAUAUUUUCCUAUUAAUACCUACUCAACAUGUUUGCUAUGGAUUCUACGACAGUCCUGCAGUGAAUUCAGUAAAAUUUCUAUUCACCCUAAUCAUACCUGUAUUGACUACAACAAUAUCCACUAUAGUCAUGACGAAUGUUCUCGUCAAAUGGAAAUUGAAGAAAAUGAAGUCAAGAUCAACCGCACCCUCUCGUUUCAAUAAUUCAACCAGAAUUAAGACUGUGGACAAUCCAUCUACCUCAAAUAAAAGUAGGACAACUCGUGCUUCACUGACAUCUGCCUCUUCAAUUAAACAGAGGACUAAUCAAUUGAUUGGCGCUGGGAAAUUGAUUGUUUAUAAUACAUCAGCUAGGAUAACUGUAGCAAAAAUGAUGUUAAUCUGUGCACUCUUAUACCUUUACACCUUAUUAUCGUUGUUUGUAUUCGGUAGAGUAUACAGCAGAUACUGUUGUUUUCUAACGGCUAGUCAAAAUUGUAAUUGGAAUGACUAUCUCUUCAAUUUACUGUCAAUUCUGCAUUGGACCACUUUAUCAAUUACUAGUUAUGUUCUUAUGUUCGGUGCUGUGACGAUACGACAAGAUAUACACACUAUACUGUUAUUUGUAUGGCUUAAAUUUUUCAAAAAAUCUCUGUAAUUCAUCAGGUUUCAUGAUUAUUUCGAUUGCAUUUAGCGUAUACAUUUUUGACAACAACAGUCCACAUAUAUAUAUGUCUGCGUUCACCAUACUUGAAUGUGAGCACCAAAGUGGCAUUUUUUAAAUACCUCCUCAAUAUGCAUAAAUAGGAUUGUAGUAUAGAUUCUGUUCCAUUAUAAUCUACUUACUUAUUUGUUGUCAUUAUCAGUAUGUCCUUUAACAAAUUUACAAGUAGAAUUACUUAUUUUCAUCUCAUGUUUCGGUAAGUCUCAAUGUACUAAGAGUUAGAUGUCAAGAUUUCAUUUAGAAAGAGUGUUUAUUACCUCAACUGUUGUAUUUUUGGGAAGAGAUUUAUGUAUUUACACUAUAAAUGCUAAUCACCAUUUAUCUCCAAUUGGAUUUACUCCUCAUAUUUUCAGAAAGUGCCCCCCUAGAUAAAUCUCAAGUUUUGAUUACUUUAAUGUCUACUUCACUGUAAAUAUUUUAUUCACAAACAUCAUUGAAAGUUUUAUUAAUAAAGAUUGAACA